AUGAGACUGCUGCUUCUGCGUCUAUUAAAAUCAAAAGGCAAAGACCAGCGCAGUGAAGACAGCUCGUACCCAGCAUGCGAGUUGAACUCGCAGGGACCCGCGGCUCGCGGCUGGCGCUGCGAGGGAGCUCCGCCCCACGAGCUGCUGCUGCGGCUGGCCCGCGUUACCUCAGUCCACAAGUUGCAGCUAUUGGCUCACCACCAGCUUAUCCUUUCUCCUUCAUCACCAGCGGCUUGCGUGGAGGUCCUAGUGUCAGGUGGGCUGCUCUCCGAAGGCGCAGCAACUCCCUGUGGCGCUACCUACACCAGCGUCGGCAGAGUCACUCUCGCAAAACCAGCUCCUCAAGCCAGGACCAGGGAACUCAGGUCUGCCGCCUUGCCCGAGCCUACCAUAGCCCGUUUUGUAAAACUCCGGUUAUCUGGACCCCACCCACCCGCUAAAGAUGAUGAUCAGGUAGCUCUAAUGGCAGUGAACGUGUUAGGCGAGGAGGUGGAGGAAACGGAGACGUCUCCAGUGCAGGCGAGCAAGGAGCCGGCGUACUCCCCGUACGACGACCUCGCCUUCAUCAUGUACGUGGACAACGAUAUCGCGGACCUGGUGCGCAGUCUCGACGAGAAGAAGAAGACGGCUGUGGCUGAGGAGCGUUUCGAAUAUGCGCGCCGCUUAAAAUCCGCGGGCUCUGCUCUGGCGUCCGCCGGCAUCCGCAUCGGGCGCUGGCGGCUGCGCAAGCGCACGGCGGCGGCGCGGGACGACUUCGAGCUGGCGCGGCGCAUGCGCGACAGGAUCGCGGACGCGCUGUGCGGGGUCAAGGAGGACCCGCAGCUGUGUCGCCUGUUUGAGGAGGAUGGGCCUGACCGUCGCAACGACUCUUCGAUGCCCCAGGAGUAUGACUUCUCCCACCACUUGUCACCAUCCGUGGUGGCGGGCUCCCUCAGCCUGGACAUUCCCUCACCAGUACCUCCCAUAGACCCAGAGCCUGAACAGGAGCCGGAGUAUAUCAAUGGAGAGGAAGAGGAUGUACAGGAUAUGGGGCCGUCACCAGAACCGACAUUACAAGAAGAAGUACCUCAAACAUUCGCCGAGCCAGUUCAAGUCCAACCCGUCCAAGCCAUACAAGCCAUACAAACUCUGCAACCCGUGCAACCCGCACCAGAAGAGAAAGAAGUCCAAAAGCCGACAGAAGAAGAAGAACUACGGAAGGAGACUGACAGCCCUCGCAGAAGUAUUACACCAAACGCUGCUAAUGGUUCGGUAGUAAGACGAAGAAACAAAAGCGCUGGUCCACGUUCAACGUUUGAGGCGUAUGAAGAACGUCUGCUUCCUGCUUUGAGACAUUCGCACACCAACGAGUACCUGCGCGAGAGCCGCGAGGAGGAGUGCAGCGGCGGCAGCGCGGCCACCUCGCACUCGCGUAGCGCGCAGCCGCACAAACUCAACGAGAGGGAGAGGAAGCACGCCGCACUGCCUAUACUUAUAUUUGGUUAUCCACUUGUAGAAAAAUUCUUCUCCAAAAACUAUUUAGACAAAGAGGAAGGCUUGUCCCGUCUCCGCGCUGAGCUGACAUCACCAUCUAACGGCAGCACUAAGACCUCUCCCAACAAGACAGCGAGAGCUGCCGCCAUUUUGCUUCAGAGAGCGCUAAGAGACAAGGUCUUCUCAGUCUACAGUCAAGCGAACGAGGUGGUGAAGGUGCUGUUCAAGGAAUUCGUUCCUGAUAGGGUGUGCGCGGCGGAGGUCGGUCGCUGUCUGGAGAAGUUGUUGCCGGAGCUGCUGCGAGCGUGCGGGGACCCCGCGCCGCGCGUGCACUCCACUGCGCAACACACCGUGCUCACUGUCGCUGACUGUCCACAAGUCAGGAGUCUUCACCUAAUCCCACAGCAGCUAGUUCGUCCUGUCGCCGCCUCCAUGCAUCCCCGGCUUGCGUUGUCUCGUCUACAGAUGCUGGAACAGCUAAUACUCAGUCACGGAAUCUCCACAGACAAAAAUAGCGGCCUCACAGUCCGGCGCCUGGCGGAGUGCGGCGCGGCGGGCGCGCAGCACGCGGCGGGCUCAGUCCGCGCGGCGGCCGAGCGCAUCCUGCUCGCUGCGUAUGCUCGCUCCCCGCGCGUCGUGCGGGCGCAGCUGCCGCCUGAUGACGCGGUCACUAGGAGGAACUUGAUCUACAGGCAUCUGUUCCAACAGUUCGAUAGGAUUGAUAUGCAGAAAAUGCUUAACCAAGCACCAACUGAAGAACAAAUCCUCAACGGAAUCGAUCAAUCAUCUGCAGACGCCGCUCUAGAAACAGCCAGCAUCUCCCAAUCAACUCGCAGCGGCACCACCGUCAGUGGCAUGACCGCCUCCAUGGGCAUGACGUCAUCAAUCGGGGCCACGUCAUCCUACAGCCUAAAGUCCAUGACAUCAAGUGUCAGUGGAGCCACCCUCGCUCCUUCAAGUUUGAGCGGCAGUUAUACCACGUCGAAGACUAAGAGCAGUUUGAAAAAGUCCCCAACAAAGAGGUACACUCCAAGUAGGACUGCGAAGGAUUUUUCAAAUUAUCCGGGUUAUAAUAAACUGAGGCUGGAUAGUGCUGUCAGUCCAAAACAUUCACCAAGAUCCGCAGCAUCGGGAGUUGAGAAAGUUCACUUCCAAGAGUCACAAAGCCAAACCCAAUCCAUGUCGGAGCAAGUUGUGUACCGGCGCACGAACCGCAACUCAGAGAAUCGGCACUCCAUGAUACAUUACGACCAUGAGCCUUCCAAACCUCAACUAAAAGAACGUCCGAUGACAGUAUACGAACCCCUGCACCUAGACUACCGAGAUUCCCCAACAUUAGGGUCCCCGAAAACCUCCAAAAAUGAUUUAAGGAGUAUGGAUUCCCUACCCAUGGAUUCUCCCCAAAUGUCCAGAAAUGACGUGAGAUGUGACUCUGACUGCCGAAGCUUGGAUUCACCGAAGGUCAAGGCGGACUAUUUCAGGGAAGGAGUCUUGGAGUCUCCGAAAUUGGUAGCCGGGUUGAGGAACCUGCAUCUUGAUGAGCAUAGCCAGAUGGAUGAGAGUGGUUACUACAGUCCAGGAAGGAGGCACCAAGUCACCAGUAACGAGCAGAACUAUGAGGCCUAUGACGUCGGUAAUGUGGAUGUAGCCGAUAACAUACCUGAACCCAUCAGCUUGCACACGACAUGCACGUGGUGCGGGCGGCGCGUGCGCGCGGAGGCGCUGGAGGCGCACUACUGGCGGCGCUGCGUGCUGCUGGCGCGCUGUCCGCACUGCCGCGUGGCGCUCGAGGCGCGCAUGCUGCACGCGCAUCUGCUGGAAGAAUGCUCCAUGAGUGAGGGUAGUUGGAGGGCGUGUCAUAAGUGCGGAGCCGCGCUUAGGACCGACAUCGACGAAUUCCAUGUCAACUGUAUUCCGCUCGGCAUGGACGAGUGGAAGUGCCCGUACUGCUUCACAAACGUGUUGGCUCGCGACCUGCCCUGGCAGAGACACCUCAUGCAGUGCCCGCGGAACCCCAGGAUCACGCAGUCCUCCUAGUAACACUGGUAUCAGUUGGUAAUGUCUGAGGUA